CUCUCUCUCUCUCUCUCUACGGCUGCACCCCCAAUCAAAACAACAGUCUCACCGGCACCACCGCAGUCGCCACCGCUCUCUCGGUGAUAAUAAGGGGCGCAAGCACAAGUAAUUGAGGUCAUGGCGUACCUGAGCAUGGGUGAGGCCCACCGACGCAUCACCGACUACCUCUCCCGCUUCUCUGAUGCCGUCUCCUCCCAGGACGCCGCCGUCCUCUCCCCUCUUCUCGCCGUCUCAUCCAACUCGGCUUCCCUCCAAUCCCUCGCCGAUGCCCUCAACGUCUUCCAGGAUUCCAAUCGGUUGGUGGGCCAGUUGGAGAGAUCCUCCCAGCUCGCGGAAAUCCUCUCCCCCCUUCUCCGAUGCAUCCAGAGCUACCGACUCGGCAGAUUCGCGGAUGCUUAUGUCGUUCUUGAGAAGGCCGCAAAUGCGUUCUUGCAGGAGUUUCGGAAUUGGGAGACUCCGUGGGCAAUGGAAGCCUUGUACACUCUGGCGCUAGAGAUUCGAUUGCUUGCAGAGAAGGCUGAUAGAGAGCUGGCUUCGAGUGGGAAGAAUCCUGAGAAGCUGCAGGGAGCUGGCUCGUUCCUGAUGAGAGUCUUCGGCGCCCUGGCUGGGAAAGGUCCCAAACGUGCUGGAGCCUUGUACGUGGCCUGCCAACUGUUCAAAGUAUAUUUCAAGCUUGGUACAGUGCAUCUUUGCCGUAGUGUCAUUAGAAGUAUUGAAACUGCUCGAAUAUUUGAUUUUGAGGAAUUUCCAGUCAAAGACAAGGUCACUUACAUGUAUUAUACAGGCCGUUUGGAAGUAUACAAUGAAAACUUUCUUGUUGCUGAUCAAAAACUGACAUAUGCCUUGAUGCAUUCCAGUCCUAGGAAAGAGGCUAACAAAAGGAUGAUUCUGAAAUAUCUCAUUCCUGUGAAGCUUUCAAUUGGUAUCUUGCCUAAACAGUGGCUUAUAGAGAAGUACAAUCUGAUUGAGUAUGGUGAAGUUGUUAAUGCAAUUAAAAAGGGAGAUCUAAGACUACUCAGGCAAGCUCUUCGGGAGCACGAGGACAGAUUCUUAAGAUCAGGUGUUUACCUUGUUUUGGAGAAGCUGGAGCUCCUGGUGUAUCAAAGACUGAUAAAGAAAAUUUAUGUACUUCAAAAACAGAAGGAUCCUAGUAAAGCACAUCAAGUAAAGUUGGAAAUCAUAGUGAAAGCCUUGAAAUGGCUUGAAUUGGACAUGGACAUCGAUGAGGUGGAGUGUAUAGUGGCCAUUCUUAUCUAUAAGAAUCUUAUCAAGGGUUACAUUGCCCACAAAAGCAAAGUUGUUGUCCUCAGCAAACAAGAUCCAUUCCCCAAAUUGAAUGGCAAGCCUAUCGGUUCAUAGUCGAUCAUGAGUUGCUGAACUAACUUAUUUUUUACAUAGUAAUUCAGUGCCUACAAUUUUAGUAUAGAAGAUUUAAUAAUCAGGUCAGCCCUUCUACUGGUGCUUUUACAUGUAUUUUAUUUUCAGAAUUGGAUUCGUCUUGACCCCCUUAUAUGUUGGAUGAAAUUGACGAGUCUACUGAGCAAGAAGAAGGAAUUACUGACAAGAUAUAUCGCUAUUUAAUUUCCAAUA